GCGAACGAGAGGGAGGGGGAUGCCGAUCGCUUCUACUACUCUCCCCCCGUCUCCCGCCCCAAUGGAGCCGUGCUCACCGCCCCUUAACCCCUUGGCUGCCGCCGCCUCCCCGCGGCCCGCCUUCGCGUCGGCCUUGGUGGGGGCGCCUCCCGCGCUCGCUCAGGGGAAGCGCGCGUUCGCCCUCGCGCUCUGUCCGGACUUCGUGGCAAAGACGCUCGCCGGGACGGCGGUGUACAUCGUGAGCAUUCGAACAACGAGUUCGUCCUGAUUUCCGACCCUAACGAUAGCAUCCGGUCACUCGGGAUCCUUUGCUCUCGGCAAGAGGAUGCCCAACUUCUUCAUCCUCUCUUCAUUCUCGGUAUCUUCUCCUUUUAGAUUCCGUCUCUUCUUUGCUCCUAUUCUUGAUUUUGAGGUUCUUGAUGUUCUGUAGACGUGGAAGCUCUCUUAAAGUUAGGAAAUUCCUUUUAUUUCCCCUGGUUUUCUAGGUUCAGCUACGACAACCCAUUUUGGGUAAGGGAGCAAGAGUCGUGGCCAUGACCCUCGAUCAGGUUUAUAUGCUAAAGGUUGAAGGAAUUGGAUUUCGCUUUUUACCUGACCCUCUCCAGAUAAAAAAAUGCUCUAGCAUUAAAUCUGCAAAUGUCUCAAGAAGCUUUGAUGGAGUUCCUGUUUUUCAGUCAGACUUUCUGGUUAAGGAAAAGAACAAGCAGUAUUGCCCCCAUAUACUUCCAGAAGGAAGAUAUAGAAAGAGAGCUUCUCAAGGUUUCCAAGGCAUCAAGUGGAUCAGAAUUUUCUCACGAUAUUAUGGUAUGAUCCUUUUGUUAAUGUUUUAGUUUUAUGAACUCACAUGACAAUUUUGU